GCUGCUCGGCCAUGGAGCUGCACCUGACGGCGGCCUGCACCUGCCGGAGGCGGAGCCGCUCGGCGCUGUCCCGUGCCCUGCGCGUGCCCGGGGGCGCGGGAGGAGGCGGCGGGAGCGGGAGCGGGAGCGCGCGUUCCCGCGGCCGGCGGCGCGCACCCAGCGCCCGCGAGCGCAACCUGCGCCGCAUCGAGAGCAACGAGCGCGAGCGGCAGCGGAUGCACAGCCUGAACCGCGCAUUCCAGGCGCUGCGCGAGGCGGUGCCGCACGUCGAGGCCGAUCGCAAACUGUCCAAGAUCGAGACCCUCACUCUGGCCAAGAACUACAUCGAGUCGCUCACCUCAACCAUCUUGGGCAUGACCAAGGAACACCCGCCUCCUCCCGGCCGCCAGGGGGCGCAACGUCCGCCGCCUCCCGGCCGCCAGGGGGCGCAACGUCCUCCUCCUCCUCCCGCCCGCCAGACUGAGCGCCGAUUGACUCCUCCUCCUCCUCCCGUCCGCCAGGUGGAGCUGCCAUCUGCGUCGUCGCGACCUCCCGGCCGCCAGGGGGAGCAGCGGCCGCCCCUGAAGAGUCCUCCUCCCGGCCGCCAGGGGGAGCAGCGGGCGCCUCCCACACGCACUGGGCGGGCGGCUCGAGCCGCGAUGGAGGACGAGGACGACGACGACAUUAAUUCAGCCGACGGCAGCAGCCCGCCCCGACGCUGCUACCAGCUCCACUGAGGUCCCUCUGGAUAAAGGUGGGCUUCACACCGCCGCUGGCCGCCUCCUCUCCACAGCCCGCGGGUCUCCCCGUGGAAGCGCUGGGAAUGGAAGCUCCUGGCCCGGGCUCGACGUUACUCCAGCCCCGGGGGAGGGGGCUGCGGCGGUGAGGGAGUUCCAGGCGGCUUCAUCCGGAUCUCCACCUUAGGAAGGCCCCAUGUACAUUGAAGAGACGGGCCGUGGACCCGCCGAGUGGAUGGAGAUGUCUCCAUGUGUUUUAUUACUACUAUUGCAGUGUUUCAUGUGGAUAGGUGGGGAAGUGUCAUAGUUUGUCAAUCACCCUGGUCUGAAGAAGGAUCCCACUCCGAAACACCGCCUCUUUUCCCCACCGCAGAUGCUGCCUGGCCCGCCGAGUUCCUCCAGAACCCUUGUAUUUAAGUUAAAAUUACAGUAUGUAUUUCGCGGGUGCGGCAGCAUCUAUGGAUCAUCUCCUUCGCUCCAUAGAUGUUGCCGCAUCCGCUGAGUUUCUCCAGCAUUUUUGUCUACCUUCGAUUUUCCAGCAUCUGCAGUUCCUUCUUAAACAGUAUGUAUUUGGCACCGGGUCUGAGCCUCAAGCUCCCACGAAGAUAUGAGUUGGCUGAUAAAAGUGGCUGCAAAAUGGACAGCAGUAGAUAGAUUCCAAUUACUGCCUAUAGGAGAUAACGUUCGCACAUUUAAAGUCAAUUGGAGGCCAAUUGUCAUUGAUGUCAAUUAUAAAUGAGCAUUACAAUGAUUGCACAAUGAUUAUGCACAGGCAGAUUUGAAUUGGUCUGGGCAUCAUAUUUGACACAGAUAUUGUGGGCUGAAGGGCCUGUUCUUAUGCUGCGCUGCUCUAUUCCAUUGUUGAUUGUUGCCUUCACUUUCCUUGUGUUACCCACCAUAUUGCUGCAGCCUUUAACUAACCGCUACUGAUGCAAUACUAUCCCAUACAAUAACACUGUUCCUAAUAAGGAUGAAACCCACAGUGUCAAACCCAGUGUUAGUGGAACUCAGUGGGUCAGGCAGCAUCUGGGGAGGGAUGGACAGAUAAUGUUUCAGGGUCAGGACCCUUCUAAAGUCCCUCCUUAUAUGCUGCCUGGCACCCAGAGUUCCUCUGUUAUGUUCAAGAUUCCAUUAUCUGCGGUUACUUGUGUAUGGAUUUAAAGCUUCGUAUCUCUUCACCCCCCCACCCUUGUGGUAUAUCUGAUGUUCCUGUCUCUGGGAAAACACUGAUCAGCCACAUAUCAGACAUGAGAAAUAAGCAGAGUACUAGAGGAACUCAACAAGUCAGGAGUAUCUGGAGGGAAUGGACAGGCGAUGUUUUGGGAAGGCCCGUUCAGUCUGAAAUGCCACCUAUCUAAUUCCCUCUCCAGAUUCUGCCUGGCCCCCUGAGUUACUCCACCACUUUGUUUUUUUCUAUAUUUCAGCAUCUGCAGUUCCUUGCGUCGCUAACAGACAUGAGAGGUUUCACUUUGUCGUGAACUUUUUGCAGUUGCAAUAUGUGGGAGAUAGCUUGCCUUCUGGGCUCUUAUUGUGUAAGAAGUGCAGUAGGUACCAUUGCAAGUUAAAACUAUUAGCACAAAACCAAAACAGGGCCUUAGAGAUUACUGCAAAAAGUAAUAAUUAGAAAUGUUUAAAGGGCAUCUGCUGCUAACUCCAUGACCUGGAGGGUAAUAGGUUGUUGGAGAUUGCUAAUUAAAGGGGCUGCUCCUACACCUCUAGCUUCAUUUCACCUCUGUGCUUUUAGCAAAACCCAAAAAGCUGGAGGAACUCAUGGGUUAGGCAGCAUCUGUGAAGGGUCCUGACUGGAAACAUCUGUCCAUUCCCUCCACGGAUGCUGCCUUAUGACUGAGUUCCUCUAGCAAUUUGUGUUUUACUGUGCUUUUAUAUUACCCACUUUAGCACAGUGGGUGGAUGCAAUGUGAGAUAUUCUCACUGGACCAAAUUUUAAAAAGCAAUCAGGUGGAGGUUGCUUGUGCAGAUUGCACAUUCCUGUCUUAGUCAGGAGCGGGAUCAUUUGGCAUUUGCCAGGAAGCACGACCUUCCUUUUAUGAUCUUUUGUAAUAUACCAGUUGUACCAGAUUUAUUAAUGUGAAUUUGCUGUGAAAAUUUUGUCCAGAUGACAGGAGUCCAGUCCUGUCCUUUUAAUCUAUCAGAAUAGUUCUGGUGCUCUACAGAGUUUAACAGUUAAAUAUCUGAUCAGACCGAGGGAUAGCAUUAAUUGAUGGUUCUGACUAUUUUGGCCUUUGUCACAUUUAAUAAACUCUCCCUGUCUGCAAUAGAUUAUCGAUCAGCAUUAAUGAUAGUUGCUAAUCUCUUGACUGCUAUGUAGCCUGGGCGUUAACCCAUUUACAGUGGAAUGAUACUGGCUUCUUAUGCUAGUUUGGAUCAUUUAAAGUUCCAUUAUUUAAAGGUGUUGUCAAGCUCCCUUCCCUGCUGAUUGGCCUGUAAUUGCAAGUUACUGUGCCAUUUGUAAUUUGCUUCUGUUAAUAAUUGGUUGGCCUGUAAAAUAAACCCCAGCUCCCAGGUACUGUGCAAUACAGUUGGUGAUCUAUCCUUUAAUUAGGGAUCAGUGUGCAAGUUAUUUAGACUACAUUUGUUCGAUUUUUGCAACAAACAGAAGCCAAAAGGAAAAUUGCCACCUUGUUUGACGCA